ACUGAUAAUACGCUCUCAAUCUUAUCUCAACUAUCACUCUAUUAGCGUAUUAUUUAUAGCUGUGUGUUUGAUCGAUCAGAUCAGAUAUCAGAUGGCAGAUUGGGGCCCGGUUUUUGUAUCGGUUUUGUUGUUUGCAUUGUUAUCGCCGGGAUUGUUGUUUCAGUUGCCGGGACGUGGUCGUUGUGUUGAGUUUUGCUGUUUUCAGACAAGUGGUGUCGCCAUACUCGUUCACACCAUUCUCUACUUUUCUAUCAUUUGUCUUUUCACCUUUGCCAUCCAAGUUCAUCUUUAUCUUGGCUAAAGCUCUAAACUCAUCGAUCGUUUUGCCUACUUUCUUUUUUAUGGUACGUGGACUUGUUUGUUGUACAUUUUUUUUAAGGUUGAGUGGACCUGUACUUUUUUACUUUUGAAUAAUUGUAUAUCUAUCCUAAUAAAUGAAAAUGUUUUUGCCAAA